ACACACGUUCAGCCACCACACGGUCAAGGAUGUAGAGUGAGAUACGUGCCAGAGAGGGAAAAAAGGGUAGAGAAGGGUCGGGGGUGGCUGCACGCCGACCAAUCGCCGCCAGUCUACCUACCAGGCUGCCAGAGCGCUCGUCUCCACACCACCCUCCUGCCUUCUGUUUCCUCCUUCCCCAUCUUCUUCCCUUGCCACCCUCCAGCCUUCUUGCAGGUAGGUAGAUUCCUGCCGCUUUGUGCCGCCAGACAGAUGCAGGGUAAGCAGGUCCUUGCACAACACCUCAGAAACCACUGCGGCCAGACUCCUUCAUCCGCAGAGUGCCUGCCUGCAACACGAAUAUUGUCAGGGCGGACGAGAGGAGUGGAAAAAAGAAAACGUUGGGAGAGAAAGCAGAAAGGGAAAUUAGUGAAUAACAAGAUGCAGGAGGAGAAUGCGUGAAACAGUGCUGGCAGAAGAUUCCACGGUGUGCGAACAAGUCUGCGAGAACCGUGCAUAGUGACCAAGGAAAGAGAGAAGGAGAAGUAGCUAGGAACAAGAAAAAAAACUAACAAAACUAAAGCAGAGUGCGCACAUGUAGAAAAGGGAAAUAAUCGAAGAACGAAGGGGGAAAAAAAAAGGAAACUGCUGUGAACCUUUUGCAUUAAGACCUCCCUCAAGCAGUGGGCAAGGGACGCAACUCGGCGUGCUGUGAGGACUGCGUUUGCCCCUGGCGUUCGUCGCCAGAGGAGAGAAGGGGGCUUCGUCGGUCGUAUGUGACGGACACAAACACUAAGUGCUAGAGCUGUGCUGCUCGCUGCUGCUGAUGGUGGUGGUGUAGGGAGUCAUCUGUUGUGGUGGUUUCGUGCUCAAGUGAGUCGCAAGCAGAUCAAAAGAUUUUUACCACGGCAGGGGAAAAAGGCUUAGCGAGCAUCAUCUGUCGACUCGGAUUUUCCUCCGUGCUGGCGACAUUUUCUUGCUGGUGACAGGCUCCUGACUCGGCUGUGAUGGUCAGAAGCGCUUCCUCUGCCACGAGUCUUCAGCAAAAAUAUCUCUUCAUACUCUGGGCCAAUAAAGAAGCGAUAACAACUAGGACCUGGUAAUAGAGGUGCCGCUACUUGACUGACAGGAUCGUCGCCACCUUCCUGUCGCCUCCUCCGAAGCCUCAUUUUCAUUUGCUGACGUCACACAGACGGCCGCAGCUUUCUUGCGGUGCUUGACACACCUGUCCUUGUCACCUGCAGUAUUUGCCUGAACGACUUGCCGGCCAUCUUUGGUGCACUCUUAGGACCCACUGAACUUUACACGAGAUAGCAGCCACCUGAAAGAAAGGUUUAGCAAAACAUCACAGCUCCUCGACCCACCACGGCCUACCCCACCGUGCCCCCGGGCUUAUGCCAGUAUCUGAAAAUGCACGUGCGUGCCCAGCGGGCGACACAAACAAGUUCGGCAGGCAUACGCGCUGACUUUUGACCCCGAUUUGCAUCUUUCUGUCAAAAUCGCUUUAUUCUGCGACGAUUUUUUUUUUCUUUGGACUUAACCAAUUUACGGCAACUUCUCUUUCUUGGUGACGGAACGAGAGGCCCGCCAUGUCGUCCCCGGGCAAAGUUCACGACCCCCUGUUUCACUAUGAAACUCACUUCCCAGAACGCUUUUCUCGUCUGCACAUGGGCAGCGAGUUUGGUCACUCCGGGUCCUUCAAGAAGUCGCGGAAGACCAAGCAGCGGACGGGAGCCCGCUACAAGACGCAGCCUGUCACCUUCGACGAAAUCAAGGAAGUAGACGAGGAGGCUACCGCGGCCGGCGGUGCCUCUGAGGAGGGCGGUGGGGGGUCGGCGGGCGAGGGGAAGGGAGGGCUGAUGGGACACUUCCAGGCAUUCUCGCGCUCCAUGGACGGCCUGCUACCCAAAUUUCCCGAUCGCACGCACACACCGGCGCAGCCGCUGUGCGCCCGUCGCCAUGUGGACCGCCCUCCCAGCAUCCCCAGCAUCCCCGAGAAAGUGGAAUCCCUAGCUGGGGGCAAGGCGGGAGCAGCUGACGUCACGCCCACGACCCCAACCCCUCCUUCGAUGCCCCUGCCACCCUGGUGCGGAGUCACUACUUCUGGCGAGGAACGACUGCGGCUGUUCCCCGCUGAUGUCAGCCAAGUCCCCGGAUCUCCUCUUGAUCAAGGGCAAACCACUCUCUCCGUUCCGGGUCAGAAGGAGGAAGGGGAGUCGACCGCCAAACCGGUUCCGUCUCCAAACAUCGCCCCUCGUCGUCAGAAGGUGACCGCCAAGGCCAAGAAACGACAGAAAGCUGCCGAAGGGGAAGGAAGAGGCAAGGACACGGCCUCUUAGCCGCCAUCUUUUGUUUUGUGGGCAAAACAUGCGAAAUAAUUAACGUCAAAUUAACGUCAUUAUUUCUUGUGUCGUUCAUCGUUGUUGUGCCCGGAAGCCUGUUUAUGUCUGUCGAUAGGGGUGGCGAUGUGAGAACGUCUUUCAGGUAGGUAUAAGAGAGUAUCUGCAGGGUUCCCCCAUCUCCUAUCCUUUGCAUCCCUCUCACCACCUCUCGCACACUCAGCACACCCAUGCAUCUCCCUCCUGACUUCUCCCAACAUCAUGUUAACUAAUUGUUGCCAAGUUCGCCGAUCGUUCUUGUGAACAUGUUCGCGCAUUAUCCUUGCCUGCUGUCCUCCAUGCCGCGAUACGCGUCCAAUCAUAAGACUGUGUUGAGGUGUUUCCUGUGUGCAAUAAAUGAUAUUACAAUUCUAGAUGUUCAGCCCAUACCCUCGUGUAAACUGCUGGGUGGGAAAAAAACGACAGAAUUUAGAAAAAUAUUUGUGCUGUUUGCGCUGAAUAUACCGUUGCACCAUAUUAUAAUUGAGACAAAUUCUUAGUUAAUGUUUUUGGCUGGCUUUAAGAGUAAAGCAAAAAAUGGACAUGACAAGACAGCAUCGAGUUUAGUUUCUAAACCUUAUGUAUAGUCUUGAACAAUCUUGUUCAGAUCCGUCCAGCUGGAGAUGAAACAACGGGAGGUUAACGAUUUAAGGUAGGUUUGUAGGGAUGUUAACGAAAGAUCUGUCCAAAAGCUGAUUGACCAGUUGGUCGUUGUUGGUGUUUCUGCUGCAGUCGCUGUAGACUAUGUAACCUUCCGACACACACACACGCAAUCACGUCUUGCCAUUAGUACAACUCCAGCCGCGAGUUGAUGUCACGUGAUAUACAUGGCCUCAUGGAUUACAAACGAUGUUAUAUUUGUCGAUGUUAGUGUUGUUAAAAACAUAUUUUUAUCCCGUUGUCCAUUUUUAAGAACUCGCCCAUCAUUUUUAUUCGUCUGAGCGAGUCAAGGUGGUUAAGUUUUGAUUUCACUUGUUUCUCCAGCAUGCUUUCAAUACGUUCGAAGAUGUGUUUUUCUCAGUCACCUCAGCUGAGCGCGCAAAGCCUCAUCGGCUUGAUGUUACUUGCCUUAGACUAAAGGAUAUAAUAUUAUUAACCCCAUUAAUAGCCACCAUGUUGCUUUAUGCAUGCCUCUGUGUACUUGGUGUUCUAUGAGUCAGCCGGCUGAGUCUCAUCAUAGGUUUCUCUGCUUCUUAUUUCCAAUUCACCCCACUUACCCGGGGUGCCGAGAAGGCAAGGCGCAAGGGGACUUCAAAAUCCACCGCUUCGAUGGUCGAAUGAAGGAGUUAUCCCACUUCAUAUUGCGUCGUUCAGAAAAUAAGUACCGUUGUUUAUGGAAGCAACGCACAUUUCAAACGGAAUUUCAAGUUUGUGUGGGGUGGUAGGGGUAUAUUUGUUCUUUGAAGAGAAAGGUGGGCACAACUUUUGUUUGGAAAUGUUCUGACACUUUCACAAACUUGAAAGCUAGGAUUAGGGUUUGAGUACGAGUUCUUAAAAUUUAACGAUUUUGGUUAUGUAAAAUCCUAACCCUCAUUAUCAGCUUAACUUUCUAACAUCACCUACUUUGUUACUGAUAAACCUCUUUUCUGUAAAAUCUUGCCAUACCGUCUUAGCCCUCUCAAAUGACAAGAUGCUCCGAAGGUGUGGUCAGCAUCUGAGGAUUGCGAUAGAAAAUGUCCAGAGCACGAAUUGCGGUUUUUUUUUUUCAACCGGAAGACAAAGAAAAGCUAGUGCAGCAAAGUGCCUUAAAAUGAUUCUCCGUAUAAAUGUCAGCUAUGUGAUGAGUAGUGUAUGUGAGCCUAGUGUAGGUAAGAACCAAUCAGAAGUAUAACACAUUUCUUAACGAAGAGCGAAACUUGCUAAAACUGUCCUGUUGUCUCAAGUUGUGCUAUGUGCUGAACGUUUCUAAAAUGAAACGUAACAUCUGGUUACAAUACACAUUUAUAUACUUCAUAUUUAUAGCACAUUUAAAGAAUCUGUAGAUGAUCCAAAUACAAAAACAACAACAACAACAAAACCCGCAAACCUCUGGGCUGUAUGCACAUUAUCGAAGUAGCACAAAAGCCUGCGGACUUGAUAUUUAGUUACAAUAGAAUGUAUAGAAGAGCUGAUAAAAAUAGUGAUUAAAGAAAUGCGUCUUAGGAGAAGAUUUAGCAGCCGAGAUUGAUGGAAUCUGAUAAAAAUAAUUAUUGUUGAUGUUAGAUGUCUAAUGGAGACGUGCUGCCGAAGGCAUAAUGUUCUGAAUGUGCUGAGAGGGAGGACACAGCAUUCCUAACAAGAUGAUGGAGAGUUGUAUUGCAGAGGAACUGUACAGACUUGUGACUAUAAUGUAACUAAUGUUUAGCCAUGAUUUACCCUAGUUUGUUGGGGUUACGGGAGGGGUGGAGUUGGUGUUUUGCAUUAAGUUUGGUUUGUAACUCAUAUUACCACAGUGAAGUAGGGAGACUGGGCACCCGAAUAGUCAAGUACAGAAAGUGGCAUAUACUGCAGACUACAUCCUGCUCAAAACGUUUUGAACAAAGUACAGUACCCGGCAUAAAGAGAAGCCUUUUGUCCAGUCAGCUCACCGUUGAACAGUACCAAUGUUUACUACUCGCUUACACUCGGUACCCGGGGACUAAACUCGCGCGCGCAGUUCUCCCAUUGUAAUCGAUGUGAUUACUGUUUCUGCUGCUUGUUUUGGAUUAAGUUCUUCAUGUUUACAUUUAAGACAGAUGAUAUGCACAUUGCAUGGAGGCUCAUAGGGGUACUUUUUUUCCCAAAAAAUCUUUUAAGAUAAAAGUUUUAAAUUUAGUACUUCGAGCCUUUUGCCUUCCAAGCCUCUAUUACACUCCAGUGACAUACACUUGUGAAGAAACUGCCAGCUGGAGUGGCCACCAUUUUACAGUUUCCAUCUGCGGCAACACAGCAUAGUCUCCAGUUGAGCUUUAACAAUCACGGUUAUUCUGAAGAGUUCUUCCGGUUUUUAUCUCCUAGGUUGUUGUUUUUUGUUUUGUUUUGUUUUUGUUUUUUGUUUUGUUUUUGGGGGGGGGGGUUCGUCAUUGUCGUCGCCUCUACCUUACCUUUUGUUUUCUCCUAUGCCAUAUCCCAAUGUUAUGGUCCGAGGUUUUUGCUGUAUGAACAUACCUUCGAUCAAGAACCCAACUUGCCUUUUUGUACAUAAACACAUAAUUAUAAACAAAAGCAAAUCGAGUCAAUGAAAUGCUGCUUCUGUAUUUAAUCCACAAACUGCAUGGAUGCCAAAGUCUGGUCUGUGUGUGGUGAGCUGGACGGCCCACGACAUACUGUCAUUCAAGUACAAUAAAACCUGCUGUAUGAA